GAUCUAUAGGCUUUUUUACUUAGAUCUAAAAUAUCAGAUUGUUUCGCUGAAGUAACCGUUUGUUCCAAAAUUUAAUCUCGUCAGCUCUUUUAUCGUUUGCUGCCUUUUUGUCUCCUCUUGGUCUAAAAUGGCAACUGUUAAGGACGCUAAUCCUAAGCAUUAACGCCUACUUUGUAUCCAGUAAUAUAAAGUUUGUCUGUUUAAGUGCUAAACAGCAAGACUUUUCCCUAGACGUCAGAGAUCUCCGAUCUCUGAUACAAAUCUUGGAAUCUGGCGACCUGUGCUGCCUAAAUCUUUCUUGGGAUUUUGGUAGUGCAGUUUCAAGUCCGACUAUAUUAAGGUGUCUGAGUUUCAAACAGCACACAUUAAAGACAGUGGUGUUUGUCUUUAUAGUGCUGUUCUCUUCCCAACUUGAUUAAAACAAGAUUAUGGAUUACAGUAACUACAAUUAUAUGGGUGGCUAUGGUGCUGUAGGGGAGUACAAGCCUGAAGCUAACUAUGGAGUAACUACUGAUUACAACUCAGUUGGUUAUAAUCAGCAACAGUAUGCUGGGGGCUACCAGUGGCAAAAUACCGGAAACAUGGGUCAAGCUGCAGCUCCCACUGGUCAGGCAGUAGAAACUACAGGCUAUAAUUAUGGAUAUGGAAACUAUAGUGGUGGCUAUGAGGAUUACAGUGCUGGAUAUGAUUACGGAUAUGGAAAUAAUAACCAGGAACAGUGGAGUGAUCCCAAUGCUGUCAGUUACCCGCAGACUUAUCAGAACUAUCCUGUAGGAACAAAUUACGUAGAGCCCCCUAAGAAUGCUGCCAUGCCCACUUAUACUGCUGACAGUAGUGUUAGCUUUAAUGGUCGUGGACGAGGAGCUACAGCUGGCAGAGGUGCUACUGUUGGACGUGGUGCUUCUGUCGGACGAGGUGCUGCAAUUGGAAGAGGUGCAACAGUUAGUGGUGGAGGGUUUGCAUUUGGAAUGGGGGAAAGUUUUGGUGGUGAUACAAGUACUAGCUCAUUUGGCAGAGGUGUAAGUGGAGGAGAGAGGGGAAGGGGUGCUGCUGGAUUUAGGGGAUCAAUGAGUAGCUCUUGUGAUGCUAAUAGUUUUAGAGGUAAGGGAAGUGGUGGCCGUGGGGGAGGAGCAGCUAGGGGUGGUUCAAGUGGUGGUUCUGCUAGAGGUGGUGCUGGCAGGGGUGGAGGGGCAGUGGCAAAAGGUUUUGGUGUCUCAGCUGGAAGGGGAAGAGGUGGACCAACAAAAAAUGAUUCAGUAGCCAGCAGACUGUUAAGUCAGAUGCAGCCACUCAGCCCUUUUGCCUCUAUGGCUACAUAUAUAGAAAGAUGGAAGACUUUUGCACUAAACUUUACAGACUGUGGCAAUGCUGUGUCAAAUAUUGAAUGUUCUCUUAAAGCCUCGAAGAUCAAUUAUUUACAAAUCAACUUUGAUUGCAAGUUUCUGGCUAAAUGCUCUACCUAUAGUAUCUUCACUGGAGUUCUGCAGCUGAACAAGCUUUCUACCAACCAUCAAGUAGUAGAGACUAUUUACUUAGCUCGAGGCAUUGGUUUGAGUAAGAAAAGUGCUAAGAUGGAUUGCUAUGAGAAGGCCUACAAACUUUUGACUCAGUCAAGUAUUUCAGAUAUCACAAGUCAAACAGAUUAUGGUGAGGAAGUAUUGAUUCAAGAAGUACGUAACAUUUACAAAGACAACCCAACAUGUUUCAUGGAAAUGUUGAAGAAAAGCAAUGCUCUGGCAGAUAUUGAUAUAUCUAAAUCUACUCCUGUGGCCAAGCCUAGCGUAAGUAAGGGAGUUAAAACUCCAGCUGGUAAAGGCAACAAUCGCAAGCGGCCCACUAACACUACUUCUGCAUCAAGUGAUGCAAAGAAACCAAGGAUUUCAGACCGCUUGCAGGAUGUUCUGGACAACAAACAUUUGUCAUUGGCACCUACCAAGAAAAUUGGAGUAUUGAUGAGUCCAAAUGACUCACUUCUGAAUAAAUUAACUAAAUUAAAAGAGUUGUUAAAAGAAGAAGGAAUCACUAAACUACACAUAGUACCCAAAAUUGACCAGAUUGCUCAUAAAACUGCUAUACACAUACAGAAUGUCUACAGAUUUGAAGAUGUUCCCAUCUUAGGAUUUGAAAACAGGAUGCCUGUCUAUUGUGAAAUUUAUUUUGAUGAUGUGUUCAUGGCUUUAGGUGAACCAGACAUGAAAAGAAACAUAGCCAUGUUAAAUGCAUACACCAACCUGGCUUCUUUGCUCUACAUAAAGCCAAUAGAGGAGUUUGUCGCCUGUCCAAAAGUGUGGAAUUCCUAUAUGUGUCGAGAACCUGACGUCUGUAAUGUAGUCACCAAAUGGCAAGGGGAGGAUAAUAAUUCCCUUCUUACCAGUAACCUGGCCAACAUGAAGCAAAUGAUGCAGUCUAUGCCAGAUGUCACCAUUCCUAUUGAGAAGAUGGUCUUAACAGAACAUGAGUCAGACAAAGACAUACAGAAUGUAUUCAAAGCUCUAGAGUUGAGUGCCACCAGAAACUUGAUGCUUUUAGAAUGUGAAAUUGUUAGGAAUCCAGACAUGAAAUUUACGUGUCUACUGUCUUUACAAGGGAGGCUACUAGCAAGCAGAACACACACAACUAAAAAUGGGUCAAAAAGAGUUUGUUCAGAGGCAGUUAUGAAUGAGAUGAAAAAGAAACAUGAUUAUAUUUAUGUGACCACAGAGUUUAUAGGACAUACAAUCACCAAACAAGAACUCAUUCAAAAAGCUAUGAAAAUGAAAGCUGCUGGUGAACCUCCUGCCAAGAUCUUUUAUAAGAAACAGGAAAACAAAGUUGAAGAUAACUCUUUGGAAGCACGAGUAAAAUUGGAGGAAGACAAGACCAGAAAUGAACAAAUGGAAAACCUGCCAGAAAAUACAAAUAUCAAGCCUCUUUUGCCUUGGAUGGCUGCUGUGAUGUAUGAUAUCAUUGAUGAUUAUUAUAAAAGGAUCACAUUGGAAGACCUGAUGGUCAAUGUGUCUGAGAUGACUAAAUCCCAGAGAGACAUGGUGACAGCUUGUGCCUCCAAGAUGGGUCUGCGUGUCAUCACUAAAUUGAAGACUCAGCAUGACAGCUCUCUACUUCGACGUACAGUCACAGCACAAGACAUGUCCAAAAUGUUACAGCUUCAUGGCGGCACAUCUGGCAGAUAUAAACUGUUAAAAUGUGUAAAUCCAUGCCCACCUGAUGAGCUGAACAGGUUCAGACAAGAGUGUCUUACCCAACAUAAGCUACUUGUGGAUGCUCGAAACAAUGAUGACCCAGAUGCUGAAGUAUUAGAAACCACACAACCAGUAGCAGCAACACCACCAUUUGUAGCAGUGCCAACAAAUAAAAUACAGACACCUUCUGGAAGCAUUCCAUCCAAACCACCCAGUCUUCUCAGCCUAAAUAGCACCCCUGCCAAACCUGCAAUCAGACCAUUAAUGCCUGCCUCACAUAGACCAUCUAAUCCUGCAAAUGUCAGGCCAUCUAAACCUCCUAAUGUUAGACCAUCUCAUCCUCCUAAAGUCAGACCAUCUAAUCAUGCCUCAGGUGGACCUUAUGCUGUCAGACCAUCUAUUCCAGCCUCAGUUAGACCACCCACUGUCAGACCCCUCAUGGGCUCUCUUAUUCCUCCACCCCCUCGAAGCUUAAGACCAACAAGACCCCCAAGGCCUCUCAUGGAGCCUAGAAUUCCACCCUAUGGAGGCCAGAGGAUGUUGCGACCACCCAGAUAUUCUCAGUUCUGAGUGACUUGAUGUUAACUGGAUGUGUUCAGUUUGUAUUACUUUAAUUCUAUUGUUGUAAUUGUUGCAGGCUCUCUUUUUAAAUACACAUUAUUCUUCAUACAGGGUUUAAAGUUAGACAAUACUUGUGUCCAAUAAGCUUACAUAUAACUACUUAGACAUUACUUGUGUCCAAUAAGCUUACAUAUAACUACUUAGACAUUACUUGUGUCCAAUAAGCUUACAUGUAACAACUUAGACAAUACUUGUGUCUAAUUAGCUUACAUGUAACAACUUUGUGAACCCUGUUUACUGUAACUUCUACUUGCUCAAUUGUUAACAUUUUUAGUCAAAAAUUGUUUUAGUUGUUGGUUAUCCAAAGCUUUAUUAUUGUGUGACUAGACAUUGUCAUCACUUGAUUCUAUUGUACUCUUUGAUCUUGGAAUGUAAAUAUUGUUAAUCACAAUGGAAAGAGCUGUGUUUGUCAUUGUGUAUAUAAAUAGAUAGGUAACUCUUAUAAAAAGAUUUUUAGCAGUGUUGGUUCAUAUUUUUACUUGAAUUAAUAAAUGAAAACUUAUAUCA